UUCUAAAAUACAAGAUUAAAACAAUCUACAUUUUUAUUAGUCAGCUGUUGAUCCGCGUCCUUUCUUUAGCGACAUCAUCAACCUGUCAAUAAUAUUCAGCAAAAUGUUUUUCAAAUAAAACACUUUUUUGGACAAUGUUUAUUAGUCUAGUAUAAAUGGAGGAAAUACCAGAUGUCUUAGAUUUGUCAAACAAGAAGCUCAAAAAACUCGCUAAAUUCUCCCCUCAGGAAUCUCAAGUAAUAACAAUAUUAAUUCUCGAUGAUAACGAAUUGCAACGUUUAGAUAAUAUUGACUCGUUGUUUCGGCUGCAGAAGCUGUCAGCUGUUCGUAACCAACUGUUACGUAUGUAUGGAGUAUGCAGACUCCAUUCUCUACACACUUUAAAUCUCGCUCAUAACGGAAUACUCACAAUCGAGGGGCUAAAGGAGUUGGUUAACUUGAAAUGGCUUUGCUUAGCUGGAAAUAGUAUAAAGACCAUUGAACAUCUCAAUACUAACACAAAUUUAGAGCAUUUAGAUUUGUCAGAGAAUAACAUUACUCACAUAAAUGACUUAUCUUUCUUAAAAGAUUUGAAGGAGCUUUUGCUACACAAUAACAAAAUUAAUCAUCUAAGACAGAGUGAUCGUUUUCUACCUACUAGUCUAAUAACCCUGACUUUAGCUAAUAAUAACAUUGAGGAUUUAAAUGAAAUUUCUCAGCUAGUUAAUCUUGUUAAUCUUCAAAACAUUUCCAUCGCUAAUAACCCAUGUGUUAACAUUGGCAACACUAACAUUGGUUUUGAUUACCGUCCAUUUGUUAUCAAUUGGUGUUUGAACAUUAAAACAAUUGACGGUUAUGUUGUUGAUGCUAUUGAAAGUUUGAGGGCUGAAUGGUUGUAUUCGCAAGGCAGAGGUCGUCAUUUUCGAGUCGGUGAUCAGAAAGAUCUUGUUCAGUAUUUGGCAAGUGUGUGUCCUUUGACUGGUGAGGCUCUUGAAACAGAAGAAGAUCGAAAGUUACGAUUAAUUCUAAGUAAAGCACAACAUCACCAACAGCAAUUAAGGGAACAAUCMACUGGAUCUUCAAACCCUUCACCUUUGACAAGGAAAAAAUUGCAUGGUGCUAAACAUUCUCCAAGACUAAAUUCUGCUCGAACUGCUAGUAAGUUGAAAUCUCCAGAUCGCAUGACCUCAAGCUGCUACGGAAAUGUGAACAUAAUGGAAAAUUCAAACAUUAUGAGCCAAAGUUUAGAUCCAACAAUAUUAAGACAAAGCGUUACUCCUUCAAAAACACCAGGAGAAAAACGUUUAGUAGAUGAUGAACCUAUUAACAGUCCCCUUCAAGCUCUCUCAAAAAUGGUUCCAGUACCAGAAUCUCUAAUGAGUCCAGAUUACCGUCCAUCUCCAAUUGUUGGGAAAGCACACGCAACAGCUGUGUUAACUCCAGUGAAUAAUAAGAAACUGCCUCAUACUGUGCGUUCUCCGAAACUUUCCAGAAAUGUACAAACCAAGACUAAAACACAAACCAACAACGAUGGAGGAAAGAGCAGUUCUCCGUCGCCGGCAAGAGCGAGAAAAGCGAUGAAUCAUGAAAGCAAUACUAAUAAACAAGACAACUUGAACAAAACUUCAAUUCUGCGAAAGUCUUUAAGCAGUGACGACGAAUCGGAAGUAUUUGUUUCAAAAUUACAAAAAAUCCAAAUAAGAGCCGAAGAAAAGCGAAUGCAUCAAAAAGAUACCGAAGUAAUGAAUAACGGUACUAGCGAAGACAAAGUGGAACAAGCAGCUGUUUUCAUACAGAAGAUGUGGAGAGGCUACUUUACCCGAAACAGAAACAAAGAAGUACAAGAAAUUUUUCGGACAUUACAAGCACAAAGAGCAAAUCAAUAUAUCCAACAAUUGACUGACGAUAUGGAGACAACUAAAGCCGCUUUGGAAAGUGAACGAAAAAUCCAGAUGUUACAAACUGAAGCUAUAAGCGCUUUAUGGAAGCAAAUGUCGGCUCUGCAGCCGAGUAGUGGACAAUCCAGUUCAGCCAACAUGACAAAUUUAUCAACAGAUAAUGUCGAAGUUGUGAAAGAGUUGGCUAAAACUUGUACGGUGUUGCAAAAUCAAAUUCAGCAAUUACAAAGUUCAAUGCAAGAUAUUGUGAAAGUUAUGACAGUUUUCAGUCAGACAGCUUCAAUAAAUCCGAAUGGAAUUGCGACUCAAACUGAAAUCGUAGCUGUACAUACGCCACAAGGGGAAGCAGGAAAAGUGUUUCCUUUCCACAAACAAGCACGACCAUCGUCUCUCCCACUGCCGAUCAAUCAACGCAAAAAAGACAGCGUCAAUACGGAAUUGCAACAGUACGCUGAUGAUCUAGUAGAUGGCGUUAUUAAAACUGUGUCGGAAACAAGAGCUGAUUGUGUAGGAAGUGACCUGACGGAAAUAACAGUCACGGAUACAGCGAAAAUGGAAGAAUCGCAAAUAUCAAACUGAAAAUACGUUAAGUACCAAUUUUAUUUAAGGAUUAGUUUGGUGGUGUAUACAGGAGUGUCAUUUAAAAAUUUAUCUGACACACGCUGUAUUUAAAUCAGUGUGACGCAAAUUAGUUUUAAACUAUAAUGAUUUUUCUUUGUUUUUGUACCAAAUAUAACUUUAUUAUACACAAACACGUUUAGAUUUUCAGCUUUUCUUGUGUGCAUACAAAGUACAAAUUGUUUUUAAACAGUGACAGCUUGUAUUUUUGAAAGAGUACCACAAUUCCACCACUUUGACUUGUAAUAAAACUGUGGUACUCUCAAAUAUACAAGGACACUUAAAGUUCCGCACCUUCAUAAGUGAUGCAAUUUUUAAGCUUUAAUAAAUGUUGGAAGAUUUUA